CUCGGGUUACACGGAGACGGGGGGGUCACAGUCCACGACACACCUUUCCUUCAAGAGCCUCCCCGCCUGCCGAGGCUUCGCAGAUCAUCUCGACUCCGCUAGACGCCUCACCUGCGAGCCAAGAGCACCAUGGAUUUCAAUCUGGAAGCUGCUCUCUCCAGCGACCAAAAGAAAUGCGAGGGGGCGGCAAAAAAAGCUUCCCACGAGGGAGUGAAACACGACCACAAAGCCCACGGACACAGCGGAGACCACUGCAAGGGGCACAAGGGGGAGCACGGCCACAAACACGGCCACGAACACGGCCACAAACACGGCCACGAGCACGGCCACGGACACUCCAGUGAUUCCAGUGACUCCAGCAGUUCCAGUGACUCCGACGGCAAGAAGCACGGCGAGGGUCACGAGCACAAGAAGAAGGAGAAAAAGCUGAAGAAGGACAAGAAGGAGAAGAAGGAAAAGCACGAGAAAAAGCACUAGAUCUUUAGCCGUUUAGAUUUUUGACACGUCGGCUGCUGUGGAUAAUUUGCCAAUAAUCUGUUUUUUUAUCACCAGAAGUAUAGAUUAAACCAGCCCGAGUGCCUAAAAUGCCCAGGGUUAGCAGUAGUGAGCGCCAGGCAGCCAGCAGCUCUGGAUAAACGUACAUCCCGCUAUCCUUUACCAGAUAUACAGAAUGCAAACACACGGCAACGGUGUCAAAAAUCAUUUUAACUAAUAAAACAAAUAUCUGCGUAAACUUUGAUUUGUUUCUGAAAAUUAAAUCUUUGAUUCAAUCCCCA